CAACCCUAUUGUAAAAACUCUCGUUUUUCUCUCCUUGAAAUACUGCGAGAAUUAUGGAUUCGAGAUUCACCCAUAGCACUCUUUCCUCAAGAUGUGAUUAUAAGGCUGAAUACAAGUCGAAUAACGGUGAUGAAGAGAGAAGCAGCAAAUACUCUUUUGUGAGUGCUCUAUGUAUGAGCGGAGGAGAGGGAGACAACAGCUACUCCACCAACUCUCUUCUUCAGAGAAGGGCAUUAGCAAAGGCUAAGCCGGUUUUGGUUAAGAGCAUAAAGGAACUGAUGACGGGAUUGAACUUUCCUAAAUACAUUAAAGUAGCUGAUUUGGGUUGUUCUUCGGGACAAAACACGUUCUUGGCAAUGUCUGAAAUCAUCAAUACAGUCAAUGUGUUAUGUCAAAAGUGGAACCAAAAUCCACCAGAAAUAGAUUGUUGUCUAAACGAUCUCCCUAGUAAUGAUUUCAACACGACAUUCAAAUUCUUACACUCCUUCAAAGAGAAGAACCUCACAUGCAAAAUGGCAUACUUCGUUUCUGGAGUACCAGGUUCCUUCUACUCGAGGCUUUUCCCUCGUAAGAGUCUCCAUUUAGUACAUUCCUCUUAUGGCCUCCAUUGGCUCUCUAAGGUUCCUGAAGGACUUGAGAAGAACCACAUGAAUGUGUACAUCACAACCUCAAGUCCCCUAAGUGCAUACAUGGCUUACCUAAAACAAUUCGAAAGAGAUUUCACGACAUUUCUAAAACUGCGUUCUGAAGAGAUGGUUUCUAAUGGACGUAUGGUUCUCACUUUCACUGGUAGAAACAAUAUGGAUAAUCCAUUGCAUAGAGAUUGUUGUCACUUUUGGACAUUAUUAUCCAAAUCUCUCCAUGAUCUUGUCAUCGAGGGUCUUGUGAGUGCCUCGAAGGUAGAUUCGUUCUACAUGCCUUUUUAUGAUCCAAGCAUAGAAGAAGUUAAAGAAAUAGUAGGGAAAGAGGGCCUUUGAAAUCAAAAAUUUUGAGGCACAUGAAUAUGAUCUUGGCCAUUGUAACCAAGACGGGUCAAAGAGAAGUAAAUCAGGGCAAAAUGAAGCCAAUUACAUAAGAGCGGUGAGUGAACCAUUGCUCGUGGCUCACUUUGGAAAUGCCAUUAUCAACAGAUUGUUUAGCAAGUUCGCACAUCAUGUGUCUCAACAUGCUGGUUGCAGAAACAAAACUACCGUUAGUCUAGUAGUUUCAUUGACUCGCAAAUAACUACUAUUAUGUAAUAAAGUUUGUCUUGGCGAGUUAUGUGAAGGGUCAAAAGAAUUUUACGUAUUUUUUUCUCUGACGUAUUACUAUCAUCGAUAUCAUACAUGACAUGAGUUCCUGCGUUUUAGUGAAGAUGCGGCGAAGCUGCUGAAUCUACCACACUCUCUUGGCCUGUUGUGUUCUUAAAAUUCAAAAUUGUUGUUACUUCAUGCUUUUGUAUACCAUUUCAAUGUUAUCUAGGACCUUCCGCUUCUACUCAAACGAUUGUGUAAGUUACAAAUCUACAAUUCUGUAUUUUGUCAAACC